AUGAUAAUAAUGUAUGUAAUCACGAUAAUGACAUACAUGUUUUACUUUGUCAUCUACAGUCAUUCAUAUAAACCUUGUCUUUUCCAACCCAGGAUGUCUGGCAACCUGUCCCUCCUGAGGCCUCCCUUAGUGGGUGCCACCGGGUCAAUGCAACCCGCCCUCUCAAACAUGUCCCAGUUUCCCCCUCUGGUUGACUGGGAGGCGCCCACCUUCACCCGAGCCGCCCAAUUCCGUGUCGGCGCCACCUUAAUCCUCUUCCUAUUUGCUGCCUGCAGCAACCUUGCGUUAUUGGUCAGUGUGUGCCGGGGGCGUGGCCGGCGCCUGGCUUCUCACUUGCGACCACUCAUCAUGAGCCUGGCCGCCGCCGACCUGAUGAUGACCUUUGUGGUGAUGCCACUGGACGCCAUUUGGAACAUCACGGUGCAGUGGUAUGGCGGAGACGCCAUGUGUAAGAUGCUGUGCUUCCUCAAGCUGUUUGCCAUGCACUCAUCAGCCUUCAUCCUGGUGGUGAUCAGUCUGGACAGGCACCACGCCAUCCUACACCCGCUGGACUCACUCAACUCCCACCACAGGAACAAGAGGAUGCUGGGUCUGGCCUGGGGCCUCAGUGUGCUUCUGGCCUUACCACAGCUGUUCAUCUUCCGGGCCAUCAAGGCAGAGGGCGUAGACUUCACCCAGUGUGUGACCCAUGGCAGUUUCAAAGAGCGAUGGCAGGAGACGGUCUACAACAUGUUCUACUUCGUCACUCUCUACGUGUUCCCCCUGCUGGUCAUGAGCUUCUGCUACACACGCAUCCUCAUUGAGAUCAAUCAGCAACUCCACAGGAACAAAGCUGGCGAGUCCUGCCUGAGACGCAGUGGCACAGACAUGAUCCCCAAAGCACGAAUGAAGACUCUAAAGAUGACCAUCAUCAUUGUGAUGUCCUUUGUGGUCUGCUGGACGCCCUACUACCUCCUGGGUAUCUGGUACUGGUUCCAGCCGGAGAUGCUGCAGGUCACACCUGAAUACAUCCACCACGCCCUGUUUGUCUUCGGCAACCUGAACACAUGUUUUGACCCGGUCAUCUAUGGCUUCUACACGCCCUCGUUCCGGGCCGACCUGGCCAUGUGCUGGUGCUAUAGAAGAAGGGACAUUAAUAUGUCGCCCAGGUCUCUGGACCGCCUGUCCGCCCACCAGGGCCCCCACAGCGGAGAGCAGGACUCUGACGCCCCCGGUGUGGAACAGACCAAAGAGACUGGAGGUGACGGUAGAUGA